UCUCUCCCCCUCUCCGUCCCUCUCCGCUCUCCCUCUCUCUCUCCGCCUCUCCCUCUCUCCGUCUCUUGCACAUCUGGGUUUCGGGAAAGGAACGUUAGAUUAAAGGUAGGGCGGUUCCACUGGCAGAGUGUGGGGGUCUCGACGGAUUUUUUGCCGGCUGUUCACUCUCCUCCACCUCCUCACAACGGGUCGGUCUUCGACACGCGGCGGACAUCUUCCUGAAGACCCCGCAGACCACCGAGCAGUCUCCGGCAGAAGGGAACUACGGCCGUGUGUCUUGCUUCUCGUCUCUCCCCCCUGGCAGCAGUGGUACGGUCCUGGGUCUGGUUGGUGGGUUGGUGGCCAAACCGAGUGUGCUAAAUGGAGAGCCGCGCCGUGCCGUGCCACAGGCUCCCGUAGCCCCUCCGACACACGGCGGCCCGCCUAGGAAUAUUUACCCGACAAGAGACGCUCUUUCCCCGGGAGGAAGACCACGGGAACACGUCGUGAAUGUGACCACAGGAGCUCGAGUCCAGACAUGUCCCGUUGAGGUGGUCUCUUCAUCAGAACUGACUCCAGCCGGGCCUCUCCUCCAUCUUGUUUCUCUCCUCCGCUCCUCCUCCUCUCCCCGCACCAUGCUCCGCUCUCCCCCCCCCCUGCUGCUCCUGCUCUGCUCCCUGUGUGCGUGUGCGGUGCUGCGGGGCCCCGAGCAGGAGGCGGUGGUGUACCGGGGCCCCGACUCCUCCCUCACACACCUGACGGUGCACCAGCGCUCCGGCGACGUCUUCGUCGGCGCCGUCAACAAGAUCCUCAAGCUCUCGGCCAAUCUGACGGAGCUCAGGAGUCACACGACCGGCCCCGUGGAGGACAACGCCAAGUGUUACCCGCCGCCCAGCGUACGCUCCUGCGCCCACAGACUGGAGUCGAUGGACAACGUGAACAAGCUGCUGCUGGUGGACUACUCGGGGAACCGGCUGGUGGCGUGCGGCUCCAUCUGGCAGGGCGUCUGCCAGUUCCUCCGGCUGGAGGACCUCUUCAAGCUGGGCGAGCCGCACCACCGCAAGGAGCACUACCUGUCUGGGGCCCGUGAGGCCGACGGCAUGGCCGGCGUUGUCAUCGGCGACGACGAGGGCACGGACCCCAAGAAGAGGAAGAACGGCAAGGGCAGCAGCCACCUCUUCAUCGGCGCCGCCAUCGACGGCAAGUCUGAGUAUUUCCCCACGCUGUCGAGCCGCAAGCUGGUGGAGGACGAGGAGAGCGUCAACAUGUUCUCGCUGGUCUACCAGGACGAGUUUGUGUCGUCGCAGAUCAAGAUCCCGUCGGACACGCUGUCGCUCUACCCCGCCUUCGACAUCUACUACGUGUACGGCUUCUCCAGCCGCUCCCACGUCUACUUCCUGACGCUGCAGCUGGACAUCCAGCUCACGCAGAUGGACGCGGCCGGCGAGAAGUUCUUCACCUCCAAGAUCGUGCGCAUGUGCUCCAACGACACGGAGUUCUACUCGUACGUGGAGUUCCCCCUGGGCUGCACCAAGGAGGGCGUGGAGUACCGCCUGGUGCAGGCCGCCUACAAGCAGAAGCCCGGCCGCCGCCUGGCCCAGGCGCUGGGCAUGAGCGAGGACGACGACGUGCUGUUCGUGGUCUUCUCCCAGGGCCAGAAGAACCGCUCCAGCCCCCCCAGGGAGACGCUGCUGUGUCUGUUCACGCUGCACCACAUCAACCUGGCCAUGAGGGAGCGCAUCCGCUCCUGUUACCGCGGCGACGGGCGCCUGUCCCUGCCCUGGCUGCUCAACAAGGAACUGCCCUGCAUCCACACGCCCCAGCAGAUCGGGGAUGAUUUCUGCGGCCUGGUGCUGAACCAGCCCCUGGGGGGUCUGCGGGCGAUCGAGGGCACGCCACUGUACGAGGAGCGGGAGGAGGGGCUGGGCGCCGUGGCGGGCUACGUGUACGGGGAGCACACCGUGGUGUUCGUCGGGACCAGGAGCGGGCAGCUGAAGAAGAUCCGUGUGGACGGGAUUCCACCCCCCUCCCAGAAUGCACUUCUGUACGAGACGGUGACGGUGGGGGAGGGGCGACCAAUCCUAAGAGACAUGGUCUUCAGUCCGGACCACCAAUACAUAUACCUGCUGAGCAACCACCAGGUAACCAGGCUGCCGGUGGAGAGCUGUCACCAGUACAACAGCUGUAAGGCAUGCCUCGGCUCGGCGGACCCUCACUGCGGCUGGUGUGUCCUCUACCACAAAUGUUCCAGACAGGAAGCGUGCAAGAAGUGGGAGGAGCCUCAGCAUUUCAACACUCGGUUGGAUCAGUGUGUUGACAUCACCGUUACCCCGAGCAACAUUUCAGUGACCUCUCCCGCCGCCCUGCUGACCGUGCGCGUGCAGAACAUCCCGGCCCUGACAGGGGGCGUGUCCUGUGUGUUUGAGGACCUAAGUGAGACCCUGGGUGAAGUGGUGUCCAGAGGAGAAGUACUCUGUAGAUCCCCCUCCCUCCGGGACGCCCCCCCCCCAUACGCGGACCAGCGUGUGGUGAAACUGAGUCUCAAGUCAAGAGAAACAGGACACGAGUUCAUCAGCACACAGUUCAUCUACUAUAACUGUAGUGUCCUGCAGUCGUGUACGGCGUGUGUGAGCAGUGUGUUCUCGUGCCACUGGUGUAAGUACAGACACAUCUGUACCAACAACCUGCUGGACUGCUCCUUCCAGGAGGGGAAGGUCAGCAAGCUGGAGGGCUGCCCCCAGAUCCUGCCCGGCCUGGACAUCCUGGUGCCGGCGGGGCUGGUGCGGCCCAUCACCCUGCGGGCCCUCAACCUGCCCCAGCCCCAGUCGGGCCAGAAGAACUACGAGUGUGUGUUCAGCAUCCAGGGCAGCAGCCAGCGUGUUCCCGCCGUGCGCUUCAACUCCUCCUGCAUCCAGUGCCAGAACACCUCGUACUGGUACGAAGGAGAUGAGGUGGGCAGCAUGGCCGUUGACUUCUCCAUCGUAUGGGAUGGUGACUUCUUCAUCGACAAACCUCCCGCCAUGAAAGCCCUGCUCUACAAGUGUGCCGCUCAGCGCUCCAGCUGCGGUCAGUGUCUGAAGGCCCCGACCACCUUCGACUGUGGUUGGUGCACGGAGAGCAGGAAGUGUCUCCUACGGCAACACUGCCCCGCCCCCGAGGUCAACUGGAUGCACCAUGGCCGACACAACCUGCGCUGUAGUCACCCCCGCAUCACCAAGAUCGGGCCCCUGACUGGGCCCAGGGAGGGGGGCACCAGGGUGACCAUCGAGGGGGAGAACCUUGGCCUGCAGGUGCGGGAGAUCGCCCACGUCCAGGUGGCCGGCGUCCGCUGCACCCCCGCCCCCGCAGAGUACAUCAGCGCCGAGAGGAUCGUGUGUGAGAUGGCGGAGGCUCUGCUGCCCCUCUCCCCUGGGGGUCCGGUGGAGCUCUGCAUCGGAGUCUGCAGCUCAGAAUACCGCACCCUCUCCACGCAGACAUACUCCUUCGUGAACCCCAGCGUGGGCCGUCUGAGCCCAGAGAAGGGGCCCGUCUCCGGGGGGACGCGGCUGACCGUGUGGGGGCGCCAGCUGGACGCGGGCAGCUCCGUCAGGGUCUUCAUCCACCAGGAGCCCUGCCUCUUCCUCAGACGGACCAGUAGAGACAUCGUAUGUAUAACUCCCGCCUCCCAGUCAGGCUCUGGCCCCGCCCCCAUCCGGUUGAUGAUUGACAGGGCGGAGGUGACCAGUGAGACCCGCUUCCUGUACAGCGAUGACCCGACCAUCAGCUCCAUCGAGCCCAACUGGAGCAUCCUCAAUGGAAGCACAGUCAUCACAGUAACAGGAGCCAACCUUCUGACCAUCCAAGAACCAAAGGUCCGGGCCAAAUAUAACGGAAUCGAGACAACUAACGUGUGCAAGGUGCUGAACGACUCGGUGAUGACCUGUCUGGCCCCGGGGCUGCUGUACGAUCAGCUGGGGCCCCUGGAGGGGCCUCUGCAUCCUGACGAGUUCGGCUUCAUCCUGGACCAGGUGACCUCUCUGCUGGUGCUGAACACGACGACCUUCACCCACUACCCCAACCCGACCUUCGAAACCCUGGGUACCUCUGGGAUCCUGGAGGUCAAACCAGGCUCCCCCAUCAUCCUCAAGGGGAAGAACCUGAUUCCUCCCGCCCCUGGCAACAGCCGCCUUAACUACAGCGUCCUGAUUGGAGAGACGCCCUGUCUGUUAACUGUCUCAGAGAACCAGCUCCUCUGUGAUUCGCCAGAUCUGACAGGGGAACAGAGAGUCCUGAUCCUGGUUGGGGGUCUGGAGUACUCCCCCGGGACCCUCCACAUCUACUCCGACUCCGCCCUCACGCUGCCCGCCAUCGUGGGCAUCGGAGGGGGCGGCGGCCUGCUGCUGCUGGUCAUCAUCGCCGUGCUCAUCGCCUACAAGAGGAAGACGCGCGACGCCGACCGCACCCUGAAGCGCCUGCAGCUGCAGAUGGACAACCUGGAGUCACGCGUCGCCCUGGAGUGCAAAGAGGCGUUCGCCGAGCUGCAGACUGACAUCCAGGAGCUGACCAACAUGGACGGAGUGAAGAUCCCCUUCCUGGAGUACCGGUCCUACACCAUGAGGGUCAUGUUCCCCGGGAUCGAGGAGCACCCCGUGCUCAAGGAGCUGGACUCCCCGGCCAACGUGGAGAAGGCCCUGAGGCAGUUCUCCCAGCUGCUCAACAACAAGGUGUUCCUGCUCACCUUUAUCCACACCCUGGAGGAGCAGCGCUCCUUCUCCAUGAGGGACCGCGGCAACGUGGCCUCGCUGCUCAUGGCCGCCCUGCAGGGCCGUAUGGAGUACGCUACGGUGGUGCUGAAGCAGCUGCUGGCCGACCUCAUCGAGAAGAACCUGGAGAACCGAAACCACCCCAAACUACUGCUGAGGAGGACUGAGUCUGUUGCUGAGAAGAUGCUAACUAACUGGUUUACUUUCCUGCUGCAUCGUUUCCUAAAGGAGUGUGCGGGGGAGCCUCUCUUCAUGCUGUACUGCGCCAUCAAGCAGCAGAUGGAGAAGGGCCCCAUCGACGCCAUCACCGGAGAGGCACGCUACUCGCUGAGCGAGGACAAGCUCAUCAGACAGCAGAUAGACUACAAGACACUGACCCUGAUGUGCGUGCCCCCAGAGGGCGAGGCGGGGACGGAGGUGCCGGUGAAGGUGCUGAACUGCGACACGGUGACGCAGGUGAAGGACAAGCUGCUGGACUCGGUCUACAAAGGAAUCCCCUUCAGCCAGAGGCCGCAGGCCGACGACAUGGACCUGGAGUGGAGACAGGGCAGGCUGACCAGGAUCAUCCUGCAGGAUGAAGACGUCACCACCAAGAUAGAGAGCGACUGGAAGAGACUCAACUCACUGGCUCACUACCAGGUGACGGAUGGCUCCCUGGUGGCGCUGGUGCAGAAGCAGGUGUCGGCGUACAACAUCGCCAACUCCUUCACCUUCACCCGGUCCCUCAGCCGAUACGAGUCAUUGCUGCGGACCUCGAGCAGUCCUGACAGUCUGAGAUCCAGAGCUCCCAUGAUUACCCCCGACCAAGAGACAGGUACCAAGCUGUGGCACCUGGUGAAGAAUCAUGAGCACAGCGACCAGCGAGAAGGAGACCGAGGGAGCAAGAUGGUGUCCGAGAUCUACCUGACCAGACUGCUGGCCACCAAGGGGACGCUACAAAAGUUUGUGGACGACCUGUUUGAGACGGUGUUUAGCACCGCCCACCGUGGAUCUGCGCUCCCAUUGGCCAUCAAGUACAUGUUCGACUUCCUGGAUGAACAGGCGGACAAGAGGCAGAUCACGGACCCGGACGUGCGACACACCUGGAAGAGCAACUGCCUGCCCCUGAGGUUCUGGGUGAACGUCAUCAAGAACCCCCAGUUCGUGUUCGACAUCCACAAGAGCAGCAUCACGGACGCCUGCCUUUCGGUGGUGGCCCAGACCUUCAUGGACUCCUGCUCCACCUCCGAGCACCGUCUGGGCAAGGACUCGCCCUCCAACAAGCUGCUCUACGCCAAGGACAUCCCCAACUACAAGAGCUGGGUGGAGAGGUACUACCGGGACAUCUCCAAGCUGCCCAGCAUCAGUGAUCAGGACAUGGACGCUUACCUGGUGGAGCAGUCACGUCUCCAUGGCAACGAGUUCAACACACUGAGCGCGCUCAGUGAGCUCUACUUCUACAUCAACAAGUACAAGGAGGAGAUCGUGACGGCCCUGGACCGGGACUCUUACUGCCGCAAACACAAGUUGAGACACAAGCUGGAGCAAGCCAUCAACCUGAUGUCAGGGAACAGCUGAGGGGAGGAGCAGGAGGAGCAGAGGGAGCAGGAGGAGGAGGAGGAGGAGGAGGAGUGAAGCCGAGCGAGGGGCAGUGUCAGACUAUUGAUCACUGAUGGAGGAAUCGAUUGAUCCCAGCCACUCGGGAUCAAAGCAUACAGCCUGUUGUUGUUGUUUUUAUUUUGUGUUGCCAUGGCAACACCGCGGAGCCGCGUUGCCGCGGAGACCCCGGGAACCGGGCUUGAAGACUUGAGGGAGGAGUCGGAUGAUCCAACGUCGAGCAGCCAAUCAGAUUCUUCUGCGGUUCAUCGGUUGGAAGGCACUGGAGUCUGAGCCUCGUUCUCCUGAGGUUCUCCUGAGGUUCUCCUGAGGUUCUCCUGAGGUUCUCCUGAGGUUCAGGAGGACUUCUAGAGGUUCUAACAGAGUUGUCAAGGAGCUCUAGAGGUUCUAAAGGAGUUCUAUAUCUCUGUGUUUCUCUGUGUUGAAGCGUCUCAACACUGAACAAUCAUUCACACUGAGCCUCAAUGCUUAGCAACAGACCUAUACCUGUGGCCAUACUCCCCUCCUCUCUCCUCUCCUCUCCUCCCCCUCUCCUCUCCCUCCUCUCCUCCCCUUCCUCUCCUCCUCCCCUCUCCUCCUCUUCUCUCUCCUCUCCUCUCUCCUCAUCCCUAUUCUCCUACUCCCCUCUCCUCUUCUCUCCCCUCUGCUCCUCUCCUCUCUCCUAUCUCCUCUCCUCCUCUCCUAUCUCCUCUCCUCCUCUCCUCCUCCUCUCUUCAUCCCACCCCUCUUCCUACCACCUGACCUCAACCCUGCCCUGUCAUUGGUCAGUCCAAAUGGCCGCUGGCCUGUGAUUGGCCAGACAGACUAUUUAGUAACUUACUGCCGACCACUGAAGACUGUGGAGACCGGAGAGGAAGAACCGAUACAUUCCAACACUCUCACGUUGUCAUGGAAACGUGAUCAGAAACGCUCGAUUAUUAUCUUCAACUGAAUACACACA